UAAUCUUGAAUCGAAGAAAAAGGAGAAAUAAUUCAGUUAUGAUUAUGAAAACAGAGGGCGGUGGCGGCGACGGCGAUAUGUGCAGGACAAUCGAGAUCGCAGUAAUCGAGCCGCCGUCACCAUCGACGAUGAAGAUGGUGACGGCUAAUUCUUUCUCCGACGAUCUCGACGCCGGAGAAGAACUGUUUAUUCCUCCACUGAACUUUUCGAUGGUGGAUAACGGCAUUUUCAGGUCUGGAUUCCCGGAAACGGCUAAUUUUAGCUUUUUGGAAUCCAUAGGGCUUCGGUCCAUCAUAUAUCUAUGUCCAGAACCUUAUCCAGAUGCGAACAUGGAGUUUGUGAAGGCUAAUGGAAUUCAAUUGUUUCAAUUUGGAAUUGAAGGCUGUAAGGAACCAUUCGUAAAUAUCCCGGAUAAUACCAUUCGUGAAGCACUGAAAGUAUUACUUGAUGUCAAUAAUCAUCCAGUUUUGAUCCAUUGCAAAAGGGGAAAGCAUAGAACUGGUUGUCUGGUGGGAUGCUUGAGAAAAUUGCAGCUAUGGUGUUUAUCUUCGAUAUUUGACGAAUAUCAGCGAUUUGCAGCUGCGAAAGCUAGAGUUUCUGAUCAGAGGUUCAUGGAAUUGUUUGAUGUCUCAACUUUCAAACAUCUUCCUUUGACAUUUGCAUGUUCUAACUCUAAGAGGAUUGGAGUUCGUCAUCUCCAUCCGCAACUGGAUUCGUCUUGCCCGGAAUUUCCAAAAUAAUUGUUUUAUUUAUUUGUUUAUUUACAAUAGAGGGUAAUUUUGCAGUUAGAGUAUGAUCUUCUGAAUUAGCUAGAAAUAUUGAAGUUACAUGUAAACUAAUAAAUAACAAUUUGAUUGGAAUUAUUGAUAGAAUAUUUAUAUAUGUUUGAAUAAAAGUUAGAUAAUGAACAAAGUAUUAAUGAUUUUAAUUAAAUUGUUCUUUUUGAAUUGAAUCCAUAUGGUGCAGUGAAGAUAUAUUGUUCUUUGAGGAAGUGAUCAUAGCAUGAAGAAGAAGA